AUGGCUCCUCCAACCAAAAACCAUAUCAACUACUCCAGACCUUUUGAUCUGAGCAGAUCUGGCCAUUCCGACAACACAUCAUCCACGCAAGACAACAAGAUGGAAUUGUCUACCAACAAUCAGACAAACACAGCCUCGUCUUUGGCUCACAACAAGAACCACGAGAACACCAGCAAAACGAUGGCGAACCAAACCAACAAGGGCCCGAUCAUCGUCUCAUCUUCCAACCACAGCAACCAGAUCGCUUCAUAUCCACCUUUGCACCAGAUGAACAACUUCCACAUAACCUCAACUCUUCCGCGUCAGAGCCACCAUUCCAUUACUCCUACACCUCUGCGUCAGAACACCACUGCUGCUUCCUUGAGUCAGUUUGACAGCGGUAGUGGCGGGAGCAUUGCUUCUCCAAACACACCUUUGAUUCAGCACAAGACGAAUACAACGUUUUCAUACCAGACUAACCAUGAUGGUCCAUCUUCAUCUUUGCAUCGAACCGGUGGAGAGGGCAUCGGUGGUAGUGGCAAUGCAGGUGUAUCUUCAUCUCAGCACUUCAAACCAGCAAAUCCAACUCCCUAUCCUGCAAUCAAUAGCGCCUGGAACCAGAACAUCAUAGUUGGGAAUCACAAUCUCAAAUCACACCUGCCAUCUCAGUCGACGGACAAGCCAACCCGGCAAGCCAGAUCAAACCCCUCCUCACCCCAGAACAUGGACCAGGGAAACCACAGAUCGAUUCCUACUCCCAUAACCAACCGCAUCCCCAAUACCCAUGCCAAAAACCACAGCUCUCUCACCGACCUCCCCAAAAAGUCCACCAAACCUAGCCGUCCAACCGUAGACCCCCGCUACGAUCCCAAUCUCACACUAGCUCAACGUCUAGAAGCGUCCACUGAGUUACCUCUGGCUCCUUUUUCUGGAUACGAGUGGAAGAGUGAGAAUGAAUAUGUUAACAUGACGAGUUGGCAGCCUCCUGAUAGACAUUCAGAGGGGUGGAGACAGAGGGAUUCGGAGGGGUGA